UGCUCACAAUGGUGUACCACCAUGGCAACAACAAACGUGAAUCUGUGAAGAAGGGAGUAAACUUUGCCGAUUUCAACUUUGCGAUCUCUCGCUAACGUUAGGCAGAAUGUAGAAUUUUUUCUUUUUUAAAAGAUUGUCAGAGAAGACGAGUGAUUUACUAACUUAAGGGAUUGAAUCGAAACAGAUAAAAUGGCAGAUAUACAGACAGUUAGCCCUAAUCCAGGCUCGGCAGGAAUGAGUCGUAGGAUGUACUCAGAUCCAAGACCCCCAUCACAAGGUGGUUCCCGCCCCUCAUCUCGAGUUGGGUUUCAAGUCUCAGAGAGAACAAGUCCCCGCCCUAAUUCCAGACAGGGUUCAUCAUCCGGGGGGCGAAUUCCACACCCUCCAUCAACCCGGCCCUCAGACGGAGCCAUCAGCCCUCUUCAUGAGCGCCCUCCAUCUGUCCGCUCGUUAAGACAGAAAACUGAGAUGUCCGAGUUUCUUGCACCGAUGGUCAAGACGGCCGUGAGACGGUGGAAGCGAUUUCACGAACAAAGAGUCAGGGAGAAAUAUCUUCAGAGGAAAGAAGAAAAGAGACUUCGUGUCCACACGGCAAAAGAAGAAAAGCAACGUCUUGCAAGGCGUAUACCUAUUGAUAGCCUUGCUAUGGAGUGGUUGAACGAGAACAACGUCACAGUCGAUGCACGUGCGUAUCUUCUGGAUAAACUUCUUCCGACUUUGAUCCUCGGUAUUGAAAAACUGCUCCUCGAGGCGGAGAAAAAAGGCCUCACCGAGAAAAAUGAAGCCAGUCCGAACUUUAAUCCGGUGAAUUUUCUGGCCCAGUAUCUGAUGAGGAAUAACCCUCGCUACAGUAACUUCCCAGAAGCUUCUCCUUAUAUCCGUGGACUUCGAGAGGUUACUGAGGAAUUGAAGAAGUAUGUCUUCUCAUUUGAAGACAACAGACUAGCCAAAAUCAAAGCAGACGCACGACGCCGUCGUGAAGAGCAAGAAAGACAAGCAGGCCUCAGGAACCAAGAGAGACUUCAACGAUCGGCUCGUCUUCGUCAGAACUACCAGGAAUGGUUGAUUGAUGAUGAUGGCAUGAUUGAGAUUCAGGUACUACAGACCGCUGUACAGUCCUUCGCUGAGGUACUACGAGGCCUGCCAGAGGACAUCCAAAAAGCUGCCCAUCUUACUGAGAUGUUUGCAAAGAGGGAAGCUCCGGCAGGAAAAGUUGGCGCUGAAGAAUUUGUGCAGUAUUUGAAGCAGUACAUCACCAACAUGACCCCUGACCUCUUCAAUGAGCUCAUACAGCAUCUAUCACGCUGUGGUGCUGCCUAUCGUAUGGCAGCCAUCUUAGAAGCAAGGCGCGAUGUCUUGAGUCAUCUGUUCAAUGAUUGUGACCAUGCUGGUGUUGGAGUUAUUGACAGACACAGAGUGCUUGGGCUCUUUGAGUAUUUCUGGGACAACCAGCCAUGGGCCGUGAAGAGAUACCUUCAGAACCCUAGAAAAUGGCCGAUGUUAGAGCUAGAUGAAGUCUCUGAUGACUUGGAUAGUAUCUCUGAGGGUAGUGUGGCAACCCCUAGUAUCCCUGGUACCCCACACAUAAAGACACGACAGCCUCCCACAGUCUCGGAGAAAGCCGAACCUAAGACAGAAGCUGGGACAGUUGAGCCUGGUCCUGACGAUGUGGUUACCGCGACAGGAGAGAUUCUUAACAUUGGGGCUCCAGCCACGGGAGAUACUGAAGCCACUGUGAAGGCUUCUGAAGAUGUUGUUGGUGAACCAGAAGUGAAGGUUGAGGAACCUUCAGCUGAACAGUCAAAACCAGAUAACCAAGAAGCUGUGGAGCCCUCUAAAGAACCAGAAGAACAAGAAUCAAAGCCUGAAGGCCAAGUUGUGGAGCAAGCAGCUGAAGACACAACAUCAAAACCAGAAGCAGCAGAACAGGAACUAAAGCCUGAAGGUGAAGUUGUCGAUCAAGCAGCACAAGAAGCAGACUCAAAGCCAGAAGACAAGCCAGCUGAACAGGAGGUAGAAAAAACGACUGAAUCUUCUGAUAAAGAGUCUACUGAGCAGGCAUCAGAGAAAGUUGAACAGGUUGCAGAGAAGUCUGACGCGCCUUCUGAGGAAUCUGUCAAGGAAUUAUCUGCAGAGCCUUCUAGUGAACCAGCAGAAGAGUCUCCUGCUAAGCCAGUUGAAGAGCCUUCUGAUAAGCCAGUUGAAGAGCCUUCUGAUAAGCCAGUUGAAGAGCCUUCUGAUAAGCCAGUUGAAGAGCCUGCUGAUAAGCCAGUUGAAGAGUCUUCCACAAAACCUGAAGAGGAGCAGUUAACAAAGCCUGUGGAAGAGCAAGAGUCUUCAGGUGAGCCUGCCACAAAGCCCAUUGAAGAGCCUUCCUCAGAACCUCAAGAUGAGCCAGCCCAAGAACAAUCUCCAGAGAAAGUGGAAACUGUCGCAGCUGAACCUGAAGUGAUUCCUGCUGUUGAGGUAACUAAGGUGGCCCAGGAAUCUGCAGAAGCAACUGCAGAUGAGACACAGAAAGAAAAGCAUUCCAGUGAAGAAAAACCUUCAGCAGAACAACCACAUAUUGUUGAGCAAACACCAGCACCAACAAAGGAAACUGUACCUGAGGCAAAACCUGAAGAAACAAUUGAUGAGCCUGCCACAGCUGUGAGCGAUAAACAAAGUGCUAAAACAGUUGCUGUCAGUGCUUCCAAGUCACCCACCAAGACACCAACAUUUCACCGAGCUGGCUCCGUAGCCACCAGCAUGUUUGAUGAGAACCUCCUAAACUGCUCCCAGUUUGUGCAGUUAGUAGAAUCCUUCCUUGGUAUGUCUACGCCUGAGGAGGUCGUUCAACAUGUCAUCAAGUAUCUAGGGGAGGGAUACGUCGAAACUGAAGAAGAGAAGUACCUCAGAUUGCAAAAGGCUCGUCACGAGGCGCAGUCUGCUAAGCGUAAACUAAUUCUUGAGCAGUUGUUUGAGAAGUGGGACAACGACGGAUCUGGAUACCUAGACUUGGAGGAACUCCAUUCUGUCAUGAGCAAAUUCAAAGAAAAUAUGGAGUCUAAGAUCAUGCAAAAAGCCAAGGCGAUCAUGCAGAAAGAAGAUUAUGACAAUCGUUUGAGUAAGCGUGACUUCAAGGCAUACAUUGAGGCGGUCUGUACCAUGUUACCAGGAGGGGAGGAUAACUUUGAUCCUCUAAUUGAAUUCUUGAUGACCAGUAUCGAGAGAUCUUACGAGGAACGUAUACGUGGCCAAGCUCGUAAGAAAUGGUUAAGUAUGAUCAUAUCAUCGGCUCAUACCAGUGGAGCAAGUCUUCAACCAGUCUAUAAAUGUGUCUUCAAUUCACUCUAUAAGGAUGCAGAGCAGCAUGGCCGAGGUAAACGCAUCAGUGCUAACAUAUCAAUGCUAGAGCGUAACGAUUCGUACCCAACCCGUGGUCCAACUUGUCUUCGUUAUGUUGCUUCAACACCAGACGAUGCCCACUUUAUGCUGACCAAGGUUUUAUAUCGUGACCAGAAAGGAAUUAGUUUCACAUCGAUUGACUCUGGGAAGCCAAUUCAUGUUCCUCGUGUUCAGAAUCAUGGCAAUAUCAUGUUCUGGAAUCCAGAACGCUCAGAUGAGAAAUUCAAAAAGCUGUCUGUAGAUGAGUAUGAUCCGACAAGAGAUCGCCAGGGGUCGUUUAUUGUGAUUCCGUUGAAGGAUCAUCGUAAGAGAGUCUUUGGCGUCAUGGGUAUUGAUACUCUGAAUGACCCUCAGGAGAAAAGCAUCUUUAUCACCCAUGAGAUCAGCUUCUUCCAGGGCGUAGCUAAAUCCUUCAGUGCGGCUCACCAAUAUGUGGACAUAAGAAAGAAGACGCUACGCAUCACAGAGAGCGCCCUCGCUUGGAUCCAUAGACGCAGCCCAAGCGUACUGGAGAUUAAUGUCUACAUUGUUGAACCAGAUGAGCAGAUUGAAGAUAUUGUGCUGAGACGCAUGAUGACAACUGAUCGAAAUGGAAAUAUCACGGUCCAUGAAAACCCGUCACGUCUGGAGAGAAAAGAAAAUCUAUUCAGGGACUACCUCUUCAAGUGUGUGGACAACUCGGACACAGUAACAGCCGAUGCUUACGGUCAGCGCCAUACCGCCUUCCCGCUCAGAGAUCCAGAUGGUCGUGCUGUAGCACUGAUUGAUCUUAGCAUUGGUGACUUGAAGCAGUUAGCCGGACAUGAGAAUAAGGAGGUACAGAGGAUGUUGAAACUCCUCCAAGCUGCUCAUCGUGAAGUCUCUAUGGAGUCCGAGGGUGGAGAUAGGACAAUUGUGCUGGAGGCUGAGAAAGGAAGCGAAGAGUCUCGUAUCGACAUCAUGUUUGAUCGUAUCAUGUUGACGGAUCUCCGUGAGACUGUCGGCAAGUUAAACACCAGAGCCUUCGCCGAGCUGAAGAGUUAUAAGGAUCCUCCUAAGGUCAUCCACGACAUCUUGGUGUCCGUCUUGACGCUGUUUUUCCAGGAUAAAUCAGAUGAGGGAGAGCUGGAGUCGUGGAACACUUGUAAACAGUAUGUGAAUCAAGAGCUGAUACGAAAGAUCGAGGAAUUUGACCCAACGGCCUCCGAAGCUGUUGGUGCUGUCAGUAAAAUUGCAUCCAGGCUCAAAGAUGUUCCUCACGGAGCCGUAGCGAAGCAUGGUUCUCUCCCAGCCCAGAACCUUUACAACUGGGCCUUUGUCUGCCUCUCCUUACUGGAGCACACAAGCAAGAUGCAACAAACACACAAACCAAGCAUAAUCACUCCCCCAGCCUCGGCCGAGAAAUUUGAAGGAGCAUUGGAAAUGUGAUUUUCAAGAUGUAAAUAAAUCGGUUGAAAUGUAAAUAAUUUUUUUGUUAUCCAUCAUGAAAGAUGUGACACUAAGAAAUGUAAUCUGCUUUGUUAUAACCCUUUAGUAAGAUAAUAUUUCUGUUUGUAAGGGGAGAUAAAAGUGUUUUAAAACAAUAAAAAAGGAGCUUUUUACUAGUAACCGAUACUUUUGGAAGCAAAUAUCAUUUUAAAAAAUGCUGAAGUUUGAGACACUUUGGUAAAAGAGGUUUAAAUAAAAGAAACUGUCUUUUUUGACGCCUUGUAAAAAGAUUAAACAAAAAGAUCCAUAAAAUUGUUGACGAAGGUAGAUUGUAUAUUUAAGGCCUAAAGAGGAACCGUGUCACUGUAUGCAUUAUCACUUUGAACUUCACAUGUACUAGGCCAGUUUGUAAUUGGAUUAAUAUGUAUAUACUAGUUUAAAAUUAUACUCAACACAAUCAAGAGGAUAAUUUUGUUGCGUUUGUUUUCUUUCAAAUUCUUGUUUCAGAAAGAACAUUCCGAUUUGUUAAUGAUAUUAAACUUGAUGAAACUGGUGAAAAGUUCAAACCAUUUCAUCCGAAUUUGUUUUAAAAACUGCCAUUAAAAAGUUAUCUUAUUGUUAAAGGGAAACUGCAGCACUAUUUCUACAAAAGGAAAUGAAGGCAAAAAAUUGUUGAACUUCCACCGUUUGUAUUUUAAUAUUAAAACAUCUAUCUUUAAUAAAAUCAGAAAUCACUUUGAUAUAGAA